CAUUUAACAUUUACACAAAUUUCGUUUGUUAACAGAAAAACAGACAAGUUUAAGGAAUAUUUGUAAAAAUAAAAUUCUGUAAAUUCUUGCCUUGAAGAAACUUAGAAAAACCGGUAAAAAAAUGAGCAACAAAACGCGUAAAACCAAAUAUGUUUUGAUGGUUUGCGUGGAUAAUAUUUGUCGCUCACCAAUCGCAGAGGCUGUGUUGCGUGACAUCAUCGUCAAGAACAAUCUCCAUUCGAAUUGGCGCGUGGACAGCGCCGCGAUUGAGGCGUGGCACCUGGGCGCCCGGCCGGAUGAUCGGGCGUUGAGCGUGCUCCGGCAGAACAAUAUCAACUAUCAUAGCUGUGCGCGCCGGCUGACGCCGGAGGAUUUCGAGAAGUUCGACUAUAUACUGGGCAUGGAUCAGAGCAUUUUGGCCUCCUUGAAGCUGCUGCAGCCCUACUAUGCCAAAUCGCAGCUUCUGAUGCUGGGCGACUUUUUGUUCGGGCUGAAGCCGAACGAACGCAUCAUUGAGGAUCCAUACUAUGAGAUGGGCGAGGCGGCGUUUCAGAAGAUUUAUGAGCAGUGCACGCAGGCGUGCGGCAAUUUUUUAAAACAAGCGCGACAGGACGAAAUUAUAACAUAGAAUUCAACUGGCGGGUACCAUUGCAGGGUUAACAACAGCUGUUGCCAUGUUACCCGCCAGCUUGUGUACUUGUUCGCCAGUGUUGGCAACGACCGCUGACAAUUUAAAUCGCAUAACAUAAACUUUGGCGUACAAAUUCAUUUUAGCAAUGUUGAAAAAAUACUAAUUUGUUUUUGGCAAUAAAUUAAUUGAAACACACCAAUUCGACACUUGUUUAUCAAU